GCCCCUUUCCCUCCUCCCCACUGGCCACUCACCUCAGAGCCGUCUUCCUCUGCCUCUCGCGGCUGCAGCAGAGCAUGGCGCUCCCCCGCCAAUUCCUCGUGGCCGUCCUCCUCGCCGCGGCAUUGCCGCUGCUCUUCUUUGGCCCGGCAGAUGCGGGAACGGUGGGCGUGAACUGGGGAAGAGUGGCGAACAACCUGCCGAACCCGGCGGCGGUGGCGCAGCUGCUCAAGCAGCAGGGCAUCACGCAGGUGAAGCUCUACGACGCCGAGCCCACCGUGCUGCGGGCGCUGGCCAACACGGGCAUCAAGGUCGUGGUCGCACUGCCCAACGAGCAGCUUGCCGCCGCGGCCUCCCGCGCGUCCUACGCGCUCGCGUGGGUGCGGCGGAACGUGGCGGCGUACUACCCGGCCACGCAGAUCCAGGGCAUCGCCGUGGGCAACGAGGUGUUCGCCACGGCCAAGAACGUCACGGCGCUGCUCGUCCCGGCCAUGAACAACGUGCACGCCGCGCUCACCAGGCUUAACAUGGACAAGGCCGUGAAGGUGUCGUCGCCCAUCGCGCUCGUCGCGCUCGCCGCGUCGUACCCACCCUCGGCGGGCGCGUUCAAGGAGGACCUCGCGCAGGCCGUCAUGAAGCCCAUGCUCGAUUUCUUGGCGCAGACCGGUUCGUACCUCAUGGUGAAUGCCUACCCGUUCUUCGCCUACUCUGCCAAUGCGGACGUCAUCUCCCUCGACUACGCUCUGUUCCGCCCCAACGCCGGUGUGCUCGACUCCGGAAGCGGCCUCAAGUACUACAACCUCCUCGACGCCCAGCUCGACGCCGUGUUCGCGGCGGUGAGCAAGCUCGGGAACUACAAUGGCGUGCGCGUGGUGGUGUCCGAGACGGGUUGGCCGUCCAAGGGUGACGCGAAGGAGACCGGCGCUGCUGCCGCCAACGCCGCCGCCUACAACGGCAACCUGGUGCGCCGCGUGCUCUCCGGCAACGCCGGCACCCCGCGCCGCCCCGACGCCAACUUCGACGUGUACCUCUUCGCCCUCUUCAACGAGAACCAGAAGCCCGGGCCGACCUCAGAGCGCAACUACGGCGUGUUCUACCCGAACCAGCAAAAGGUGUACGACGUCGAGUUCGUCCUCGGCGGCAGCAGUGCGGCGGGCGGUGGCAGCAAGAGCAACGGUGGCCUCGGGUGGCAGGAUAACGGCGGGCCCAGCAGCGGCAGCGCCAACGGCAAUCCACCCAGCGGGGUGAAGGCGACUACGACGGGGGAGGCAUGGUGCGUGGCGAACGCGAUGGCCGGGCAGAAGCGGCUGCAGGCGGCGCUGGACUACGCGUGCGGCCCCGGCGGCGCGGACUGCAAGGCCAUCCAGCCCGGCGCAGCGUGCUUCGAGCCCAACACCAUGGUGGCGCACGCCUCCUACGCCUUCAACGACUACUACCAGCGCAAGGGCCGCUCCAUCGGCACCUGCGACUUCGCUGGCGCCGCCUACGUCGUCAACCAGGCACCAAAGAUGGGGAAGUGCGACCUCCCAUCUACGGUCUGAACCGAAACAACAGAGGUCAGCAGCCAUCUCGAGAUGGCAGAUUUACCAUGAAAGAAUGGAUCAAUCGCAAGCUCAGUCAGUGUAGAGGAAGAGAUGUUGAAACCUUUGCUGCCUUCCAGCCUUUCUUUACUGCUGUGCUGCAGCUUUGACUCCUGCUGCGGCAAUGCAGCCUGGAACAAUACUGUAGCUGUACGCUUUUUUUUUUUGCAGCUUUGGCUAAUUGGGGAUAUAUUUGUUUAGUGUCUGUAACCAUGCUACUACUUUUAUACUAUAUUGAUUACUGUAGAUUAAUUUA